AUGUCGUCUUCUUCGUCUUCACCAUCAUCAGAAUCAGAUCACAGAGGAGGAACAGCAGCAUCAACAGCAUACAACACACCACCAAUACUCGUAGCUCUCGUCCUCAUCGUCCUCGUCAUCUGCUUCGUCUGCUUCACCCUCGUCUACUUCUGCCGCUGCUACUUCGUCAGCAUCAUCCACACCCUCGCCUUCCACCGAUCCCCCUCCGCCAACGCAGCCACCACCACCACCGCCACCGCCACCGCCAACACCAUCAACAACGCUUCUAAUUCCCCCUUCAUGGGCCUCGACGCUUCCCUCCUCCACGAAUUCCCCACCUUCCCUUAUUCCUCCGUCAAGGAUCUCCGCAAGGAGAAGAAGUACGCCCUUGAAUGCGCCAUCUGUCUCUUGGAGUUCGAGGACGACACCGUUCUCCGCUUGCUCCCCGUUUGCCGCCACGUCUUCCACCAAGAGUGCGUUGAUCUCUGGCUUCAACGACACAAGACCUGCCCCGUUUGCCGCACUGAUCUUGAAACCAGAAAGUCUUCUGCUUCUUCGAUUACUCACGAUCAUGACAGGCAGAGUGCUGCUGUUGGAGGAGACCACGGUAAUGGUGAUGAUGACGUCUGCAUUGACGUCAAAGAAGGCGGCGACGAUGACGACGGUAAUAACAGAUUCUUGCGGUCGCAUUCGACGGGGCAUUCAAUAGUUAUGGUUAGAGAAGAAGGAAGAAACGACGAAGAUGAUGAUAGGUAUAGGUUGAGGUUGCAGGAGGAUGCAGAGUUGAGAGUUGUUAACAAUGAUAUGAAGAAGAAGAAGAAUCACCAAUACUCGAGAAGCUGCGAGAGUUACAAGGAGAUGAUGAUGAUGAUGGCGGCGGCAAAGCCCCUUGUUCCGCCUUGUACUAACUGUGGUUAUGUUGAUCAUCACACUCUCUCUGUUCCUUCUUCUUCUUCGCGUGUUGGUGCUAAUUGA